CUGUGCUAUUUUGAAUGGCCCCGUAGUCUUGUGGACUUGUGGGUCAUCUCCUCAGUCUCUGGUACAUCUCCUGUACUGUGUCCGCAGUCUCUGGUUUUCUCCUGUACUGUGUCUUCAGUCUCUGGUCAUCUCCUGUACUAUGUCUGCAAUCUCUGGUCAUCUCCUGUAUUGUGUCCGCAGUCUCUGGUCAUCUCCUGUAUUGUGUCCGCAGUCUCUGGUCAUCUCCUGUACUGUGUCCGAAGUCUCUGGUCAUCUCCUGUACUGUAUGCGCAUUCUCUGGUCAUCUCCUGUACUGUGUCUGCAGUCUUU